UAUUCUAUAAAACCCAAUUGCUUCUAGCUAGCUCUACAUCUCAUUUCCAUUUCCAUUUGCAUUUCCAUUUCCUAACAAGUCUCUAUUUCUUUGUAACAAUUGUUAGGUUUAGAUAAGGUUUCGAAGAUUGAAGACAAUGGAGAUCGCGCAUUUCUUAUUUGGAAUUUUUGGAAAUGCCACUGCAUUGUUUCUCUUCUUGGCUCCAACGAUCACGUUCAGGAGGAUCAUAAGAAGCAAGUCUACAGAGCUGUUUUCUGGCAUUCCAUAUGUAAUGACCAUGCUCAACUGCCUCCUUUCUGCUUGGUAUGGAAUGCCCUUUGUGUCUAAGAACAACAUUCUGGUGUCAACAAUCAAUGGAACUGGUGCAGUAAUUGAGGCAGUUUAUGUCUUGACCUUCAUCAUCUAUGCACCAAAGAAGGAGAAGGCUAAAUUCAUUGGCCUCCUCACGCUUGUGCUCACCACUUUUGCUGGCGUGGCCUUGGUGUCCCUUGUCGUUCUUCAUGGCAAACCCAGGGAGAUAUUCUGUGGCUUUGCUGCUGCUAUUUUCUCAAUCAUCAUGUAUGGCUCCCCUCUGUCUAUUAUGAGGACAGUGGUUAAAACGAAGAGCGUGGAGUUCAUGCCAUUCUUCUUGUCUCUUUUUGUCUUCUUAUGUGGCACUUCCUGGUUUGUCUUUGGGCUACUUGGUGGUGACCUUUUUGUUGCUGUCCCGAAUGGAGUUGGCUGUGGUCUUGGGGCAUUGCAGCUGAUCUUGUACUUCAUCUACCGGAACAACAAGGGAGAAGACAAGAAGCCCGCCCUCCCUGUUAAGUCAAUGCAGAUGGGUAUCGCAAAACUCCACCAACAGAAGGAGUUGGUUGCCAAUGGAUCCCAUGUUGCUGAUAAGGUGUAAAUGACUUCAAUAUUGUGCGUGCAAGCUUAAUUUAUAAGACACCAGAACUGCCUCGAUCCUAGUUUACUUGACAAGCGUGCGUGAUGUUACCUUGUUUGCUGCAUGCAAGUUUGGUCACUUGUUACGAGUCUUUGUUCUAUUCGAAACCCUCUUGUAUUUUCUCUCUGCAAAUAAUUACAACGCCAAUUUUAAUGUUGGUACUAUACAAACGAAAA